GUCCUGACUCGAUCCCGCUCACCUUCCCGUCGAUCGCGCGCCGAGGCUAUGACGCGGCGGCCUGCUCGAAGCGCAAGGCCAAGUUUGACGACUUCUGCGGUACUAACGAUGUCGAGAUGCUGUUCGUGACGGAGGAGCGGGCCCGGGUGCGUCGGAGCCCAGACAGCAUGCCAGAGACCGUUGCGACCAUGACGUGGGAGCAGGAGAGGGGCGGCUACAGCAAGGUGUACGGCGACCCAGACGAGGAACGGCAGCCGCAUGUUGGCAAGGUGUACAACAAGGCGCCUUCGGGAGGCGUCGGGGCCGAGUGUGUAGGUCGUUGGCCCGCGGGUACCUGCCUCCGCCUCUCGCCGACAGCGCUCUGA